UUGCAGGUUUAGCUUUUAAGUUAGUUCCAUUGCAUCACCACCUUCAUUUUUUUUAUCGGAUUCUCCUAUUUUAAAUGAAGUGCCAGCGAGAGCGUGUGUCAAAUAUUGCAAAGCCAACGUGGAAUGCAAUUGAAGGGUGAAACUUGAAAACACCAAUCGCUCUACCAAGCUCUGUUAUCAAGAUCAUCCUAAUCACGAUCUUUCUCUCUCUCUCUUCACGCAAGACUCGCUUUUCUCUAUUCUUUUUUUUUUUUACUUCUUCUUCCUGUUUUCUGGGAGUGCUCUUACCUCCGUUCAGGGGUUCUUGGAUUUAUUUUUUUUGGUAGGGUUUAUUGGUCUGAAGCUUGUGGUUCUUGUCGGAGUUGGGAGUGGAGUUGAAGAUGAGGAACGUGCUUCGUUCUCUGCGACAAUUGCGACCACUCAUUCAGAGGCAAGAUUGUGUUUUGAUCGGUAGUGUUAAUGUUGCAGAACCUCCAUGUCACUUUGGGAAGAGCUGUCAUAUUCAUAGUUCAGCUUGUGGAGGUGUUGAUCAUGCUGAGACCAACUUUUUCAAAAACCAUUUGUUUACAACCACCACGAGAGCUCUCUCGAUUGGUGCUGCAAAACUCGCAAAUAGAGAAUCAAACAGAGCUGGGCCUCUUGUCGAGUAUGAACGAAGAAUUGCUGGUGGUGAACUUGUAGAAGGUGAUGCUUGCCAGGUAGACACUUUGACAGAACUUCAGAGACUACAUGAUGAACUUGUUGAGAAUGUGGACACCUGCCAAUUGGAUCGCAAUUCUGAAAAGCCUGUAAGGAGUGGGUGGCUGUGGUCGCGUCUAUUGUCACAUCCUUCUUACUCACCUGUAAAAGGUUUAUAUCUUUAUGGAGGAGUGGGUACUGGUAAAACUAUGCUGAUGGACCUGUUUUUCAAUCAAUUGCCCUCUAAUUGGAGGAAAAAGAGGAUUCAUUUUCAUGACUUUAUGUUGAAUGUACAUAGCUUGUUACAAAAGCAUAAGGGGUUGUCAGAUCCACUUGAUGUUGUUGCAGGAGAGAUUUCUGAUGAUGCAAUUUUAUUAUGUCUUGAUGAAUUUAUGGUAACAGAUGUAGCAGAUGCAUUGGUACUAAAUCGCUUAUUUAGACAUUUGUUCAACAAAGGCAUUAUUCUAGUAGCCACAUCAAAUCGUGCUCCAGAUAACCUAUAUGAGGGUGGAUUGCAGAGGGAUCUCUUUCUACCCUUCAUUGCAUCAUUGAAGGAAAGAUGUGUAGUACAUGAGAUUGGUUCAUCAAUUGACUACCGCAAAAUGACUUCGGGUAAACAAGGAUUUUAUUUGGUCGGCAGAGAUUUAUCUGCCUUGCUUAAGCAAAACUUUCAACAGUUGAUUGGAGAAGGCACCGCUACCCCCCAAGAAGUAGAAGUAGUGAUGGGAAGGACACUCCAUGUUCCAUUGGGAGCUAAUGGAUGUGCCUAUUUUUCUUUUGAAGAACUUUGUGAUAGACCUCUUGGGGCUGCAGACUAUUUUGGGUUAUUCAAGAAAUUUCAUACCUUGGCAUUAGAAGGCAUUCCAAUUUUUGGGCUUCACAAUAAAUCAGCUGCACAUAGGUUUGUCACUUUAGUUGAUGUGAUAUAUGAAAACAAGGCCAGACUAAUGUGUACAGCUGAUGGGAGCCCUCAAGAUCUCUUUGAAAAAAUAGUAACAAUAUCCGAGGCUAAAAAUAUGGCACCCAGAACCUCUUCAAGAUCGAGGAAAAAUGAUGAUUCUUCCCUUUGUGUGGACAAUGAAUUGGGGUUUGCAAAAGACCGCACCAUUAGUAGACUGACAGAGAUUAACAGCAGGGAAUACUUGGAGCAUCAUGCUGCCAUGUUAUCAGAAAAGAAAGAAAGAGUGGAUCAGAAUGUUCUCGAAGCUUGAAGAAAGGAUCAAAACCUCUGUAUUAGUUUUGGUUCCUAUUGUUGUACCAUAUAGAACGAAAGUGGGGUAAAAUGAAUAAUGAUUGUUAACAACCAAAAAUUUCAAAUAAAAACAGUCCAUCUGCAGAGCAUUAGAUUUGGCACCAGCUCUGGGAGGUGUGUUUCAUAGCAUCAUAUAGUUACUAGCAUUUCCAAAAAUAUUGUAUAAUGGAGUUAUGAAAUGCAAAAAUUCAGACAAUUUAAAUGGAAUGAAGGUCUCGCAACUAAAUUUGUAGUUGACUAACGUUUUGCAAGUCAUCAUUAAAUUCUGAGGCUUGA